AUGGUCCCUACAGACGCUCCGACUUAUCCGACGACUUGCCUGCGCAGUUCCGGUUUGCGCAGGCAAGUCCUAUUUUCUUUACGUAAAUUGAGUUUCAUCGAACAUUACAAAAACUUUCCAUGUCUUUGGAAAGUGAAAUCCAAAGAAUAUAGUGAUAAACAUAAAAAAUCUGCGGCAUACGAUGUGUUGGUCAACAAAAUGCAGGAAGUAGAUCCAAACGCCACAAGAGAAAGUGUAGUAAAAAAAAUAAAUAACCUGCGCAGUGCAUACAGAAAGGAAGUGAAAAAGGUAAUAGCCAGUAAACGUAGCGGUACUGGUGAGGAUGAAUGCGGAAAACCAAAAGUAAGUAAUAAACUACAAAAUAUUAAAGAAGAUGAUCAAUUUGACUGCAUUGGAAAAACAGUUGCGGUAAAACUGCGAAUGUUACCAAAUGACCAAAGGAUUUUCGCAGAGAAAUUAAUAAAUGAUGUUUUAUUUGAGGCAGAAUUAAGUGCUUUAAAUAGAACGAGUAAAGUAGUUGCCAAUAAUAAUAAUCAAGAAAAUGUCGGUUAUCCUAGCAAUAACCAAAAUCAUAGAAAUGGCAACUGGGGCGAACACCAAAAUUACAACAACACAUUAGUUGGAUACAUCACAAAUUUUGAUACAGAAAAAUAUUAAUAAAGAACCUAACUUGUGUAAUGAUUUUGUAAUAUAUGAAAUAAUAUAUUCGUUACUUACCUUUAAA